AACAGUUGCACAAAUCUCAUUGAAAUAUAACAAAAAUCUAAGACAAUGUCUACUCCAAUCAAAUUCACAACCCUAGCUCUCGUGACCCUCUCGGUGUUACUAGCUUCCUCCUCUCUCGGCGUCGUCACGGCGAAGAAGGAUCAUCGGAACUCUGAGGAAGUGAAGAUGUUCGAGCGGUGGCUAGUGGAGAAUCACAAGAACUACAAUGGUCUAGGAGAGAAGGAUAAACGGUUCGAAAUCUUCAUGGACAACGUGAAGUUCGUGCAAGAGCACAACUCUGUCCCGAACCAGAGCUACGAACUCGGGUUGACCCGGUUCGCCGAUCUGACCAACGAAGAGUUUCGAGCCAUUUACUUGAGGAGUAAGAUGGAGAGGACCAGAGACUCGGUGAAGUCAGAGAGGUAUCUACAUAACGUUGGAGAUAAGUUGCCUGAUGAAGUUGACUGGAGAGCCAAAGGCGCCGUUGUUCCGGUCAAAGAUCAAGGAUCCUGUGGAAGUUGUUGGGCAUUUUCGGCGAUUGGAGCGGUUGAAGGGAUAAACCAGAUCAAGACAGGGGAGUUAGUGUCUCUGUCGGAGCAAGAACUUGUUGAUUGUGACACAAGUUACAAUAAUGGAUGUGGUGGUGGUCUCAUGGACUAUGCUUUUCAGUUCAUUAUUAGCAAUGGUGGUAUUGAUACAGAGGAAGAUUAUCCUUAUACCGCUACUGAUGAUAACAUAUGCAAUACCGAUAAGAAGAACACUCGUGUUGUUACCAUCGAUGGUUAUGAGGAUGUUCCUGAAAACGAGAAUUCAUUGAAGAAAGCUCUUGCUAAUCAACCUAUUAGUGUUGCCAUUGAAGCUGGUGGCCGAGCUUUCCAGCUUUACAAAUCAGGAGUGUUUACAGGAACAUGUGGAACAGCUUUGGACCAUGGUGUGGUAGCCGUGGGAUAUGGAACCUCAGAAGGUCAAGACUACUGGAUUAUUCGUAACUCAUGGGGGUCAAACUGGGGCGAAAGCGGAUACAUUAAGCUCGAACGUAACAUUAAAGAUUCGUCAGGGAAAUGUGGUGUGGCAAUGAUGGCUUCUUACCCUACCAAAUCAUCAGGCUCAAACCCACCAAAACCACCACCACCUGCACCAGUUGUUUGUGACAAGUCUUACAAUUGUCCAGCCAAGUCUACUUGUUGUUGUCUCUAUGAGUACAAAGGAAAAUGUUACAGCUGGGGAUGUUGUCCGCUAGAGUCAGCAACUUGCUGCGAGGAUGGUUCUAGCUGCUGCCCUCAGGCGUACCCUGUCUGUGACUUGAAGGCUGGUACUUGUAGAAUGAAGGCAAACAGUCCGUUAAGCGUAAAAGCUUUGACCCGAGGCCCAGCGACUGCGACCACGAAGGCUACUAACGUGCUUGUGAGCAGCGCUUGAGGAGAGACGUAACGAAUAAAGGGAUCGUAUUGUUUUCAGCUUUCCAUCCCCAAUGUCCAAGAUUCAGUCUUUUGUCUUUUAGACACUUCAAGAUUGGAUCAUGCACGUUAGCUUUUAAUACUUUAUCUUGGGUUUGAUUUGAAUUUUAUGUAAAUAUUGAAAGAAGUAAGAUGAUAUAUGCUCCACAGCAUUAUACUCGUAUCCUUUGAAUAAUAAAAUUUGACCCUAUUGAAGUUAUAAA